GAGCUCAUUUCAAUAAUGGCAGAAGCAACCAAGAACAGAAGGAAAAUGAAAGUGGCAACAUGUUUUUCACACAGCAUUCCCAAGCUAGUUUGUCCAGACGGCCAAGAAGGGCUGUUAAUAAGCACCAAGUAUCUUAAUCAUAUGUUAAAGAUUGAUGUUAAAGCUAUGACCAUGACCAUAGAGAGCGGUGUGACAUUGAGGCAGCUAAUCAAUGAGGCUGCCAAGGCCGGUCUAGCCUUCCCUUAUACACCAUAUUGGUGGGGUUUGACAAUUGGGGGCCUAUUGAGUACUGGUGCACAUGGUAGCACAUUGUGGGCUAACGGAAGCUCGGUCCAUGAUUACCUUCUGGAACUUCAAAUUGUUAGUCCUGGUGGCGCUGAAGAUGGUUAUGUAAAGGUUCGGAGGCUCAAAGAUGGUGACAAAGAUUUCAAUGCAGCUAAAGUUUCACUUGGAGUUCUUGGAGUCAUUUCACAGGUCACUCUAAAACUACAACCCCUCUUCAAGAGAUCCAUCACCUACUUGACAAAAAAUGAUUCAAACUUGGGAGAUCAAGUGGCUAGUUUUGGUCAUCAACAUGAGUUUGCGGAUAUAAUUUGGUAUCCUAGUCAACGCAAGGCAGUCUAUCGUAUCGACGAUCGUGUCUCCACAAACACAUCUGGCAAUGGUCUAUACAAUUCAAUCUCAUUCCGCCCCAUACCUUCACUCGAACUGGGCUCUAUCAGAACCUUAGAGGAACUUCUAGAGCACCUGAGUUAUGCCAAUGGGAAGUGCGCCAGUGCAAAAACAAUUACUUCAAAACUCCUGAAUACUGCUUAUGGUUUAAGUAACAAUGAUGACGAUUUUAUGGGCUAUCCCGUAGUUGGAUUUCACAACCGCCUUCAAGCAUCAGGAACAUGCCUAGAUAGCCAUCACAAUUCAGCUUGUGCAUGGGAUCGCAGAGUCAAUGGUGCUUUCUUUCACCAAACGACAUUUAGUAUUAGCUUGUUCAAGGCUAAGAGCUUUAUCCAAGAUGUGCAGAAGUUAAUUGAAAUGGAGCCUAAAGCAAUGUGCGGUGUAGAAUUGUAUAACGGAAUUCUCAUGCGCUAUGUUAAGGCUUCGAGUGCUUAUUUGGGCAAACAAGAAGAUGCAGUUGACUUUGAUAUCACUUAUUAUCGAAGCAAAAACCCCAUGACUCCUAGGCUUUAUGAAGACAUACUCGAAGAAGUUGAGCAACUCGCUCUUUUCAAGUAUGGAGCACUGCCACAUUGGGGAAAGAAUCGAAACCUAGCAUUUGAUGGAGCAAUCAACAAGUACAAAAAUGCUAGAGAAUUUUUGAAGGUUAAGGAGGUGUAUGAUCCCUUUGGCCUCUUCUCUAGUGCAUGGACAGACCAAAUUCUUGGAUUGAAAAAUGGUGUAACCAUAGCUAAGGAGGGGUGUGCAUUGGAGGGGUUGUGUAUAUGUUCAGAAGAUAUUCAUUGUGCGCCCAAGAAGGGCUAUUAUUGUAGACUAGGCAAAGUAUACAAGGAUGCAAAGGUUUGUACUCGUGUAACGUCUAAGAUAAAUAUAUGUGAUGUCAGCUAA